AUGCAUGAUACUACUUCAUCUGAUUUCCAAGUGUUUGUUGAUCUUGGUACGUUACAAGAAAUUAGCUUCCAACGUACAGAGGCUCCAUUAGAGUUUGUCAAUUUAGAUAAUGUUGCAAUUGGGGAGCAGGAGGAAGAUGAGGACAGAGAGGAAGGGUUUGAAGAGGGGGAAGAAGAGGAACACAUACAAGAAGAUGAUGUAGAGGAAGAUGAACAAAUAGAAGAAGAUGAUGACGUAGAACAAGUUGAUAGCGAUGAUGAAGAUUAUGAUAAUGAUGAAUAA